UUACAGCGGUUUUCAUAAUUAUGUGGAAUCCCGAUUUGAAAACUUGUAUGCUCGUAUUUGCAUCAAAGGGCCUACCCCAGCCCCAGUCCUUGCUGCGUCAUCUUCACUCCCCUCCCCCCCCCCCCCCUCUGUCUCUCUCCCUACCAUGGAUCCAGUGUCUGAUACUGAGGAUACCAAUGUGACUCCUAGUCACAAUGCUGCUCUCACAGUCCGAUGCACCUUUUACAGUACUGGUACCUCUGGAAAGAAGAAGACCGAGAAGAAGGAUGUCAAGACGAAGGAGCUGCCUUUCGUUUUCAGUGCAACGCAGAAGAAUUAUGUCGAUCUUCUCAAUACCAUUUUGACAAAAUUCGGAAUCAUGAACAGAAAAGCAACAGCAAAACGGGUUUAUCGCGUAAAAAUUCAGAUACUGCCUGCGAAGCAGAGUGAGGCUUGUGAUAUAGAAGAUUAUGCCGAAUACCAGGAAGCAACAUCAAAGAUCGUCGAAACAAAGUCGCAUCGUAACCAUAUAGUCUUUGUCGAUAUGAAAGACAUUGAGAAAUCCCUGAAGAAGGAUGGUGAUGAUGCUCAUGGGGAGGCUAAACGUACUCUGGGUCACUUUCGAAUUAUACUCAAACGGCGAUGGAAGAAUGAUCAUGAUGGUGGAUUCACAUUUGUCGAUCCAUUCACAGGAUUCAGUAUGGCUCUGACCCCACAAGCUAUGAAGGAAUGGGCGCGUGCUAUGGUACGUUAUGAUGGAAAUGCAAAAGUGUCGGAGCCUCCUCGUACCCAGACAUUUGAUCCUCUCUAUCGCCAUGACAAUAACAGCAACAACACCGAUGGUCUCACCGUUCUUUCCAACAUGCUCAACACGAUCUCUACAAUUGCUCGAGGACCUGGUUCCAUAUCUCCCAAAGCUCGUUCGCAUGCUGGCCCCCCUUCUACACCACCAGUUAACAGCCCAACAAAGCUCCGACGUUUUCUUGCCCACGCUGAAGAGAAGCUCGGUGUUGCCAAUGCCAAAGCCUAUGAAGAGCAGUUUAGCCGGGAGGGGCUUGGUCCGGACAUCCUUGAUAGUGUUGACUCACAGGAUCUCCGACAGAUGGGAUUGACGACCAGUGAUGUGAUACGGCUAAAGAAGGGUGCGCCGCUUUGGUGGAAUGGUCCUGAUGCCAAGCGGAAAGCAACCGACGAUGCAACCCCUUCUGCUGGUCCAAUGCCUCCAACAAAAAAGGUCUGCUUUGAGAAGUGCUACCUUGAUGGCAGUGGUGCUCGUACUCUCUUUGGUCCACGCCUCGAACGUAUUGAUGACCCUCUUGAUCUACCAGAAAGCCCUGGCUAUGUAUGGUAUUAUCUCUGCGAGGCGAGGAAUGAAUUUGUACCUGUUCCUGAGGGUUUUAUUCCUGUUAUUGACGGCGAGGAGUUCUAG